UCCGGUUGCGCGAGCCGAGGUUGCAGGCGCCGCGGUCGCAGCCGCGUACCGCGCCGUCGCCGUCGCGAAAGGCAUCGCCUAGAAGCUGGAGCCGUGAAGAGCUCGGAGGAGCUCCCAGACCGCCCUCCAGCCUUUCUGAGGUCCUUGACUCCGCAGUGAGUGCUCCCUCUUCAGCCAGAAGGACAAGAAGAUCCCAGCGGCACUUCCUCAGGUUCUCCAGCAGGCCUUGGUGGCCCAGCAUGGCCCACUGAGGUCAACCAUGACUGGCUGGCAGACACGUGCCACUGACCACCCAAAGUCACAACUCACCAGGAGGUGACCCCUCCCUCCAGCGGUCACCACUCGCCCGCCCCGCCCCACCCAGGAAAGUGCCUGCGCCGUCAGGGACACCAUGUAGUAGGGCCGGCUGCGGCAUCCAAUGAGCUGCGAUGGUUUUGUACACGACCCCCUUUCCCAACAGCUGUCUGUCUGCCCUGCACGCUGUGUCCUGGGCCCUCAUCUUCCCAUGCUACUGGCUGGCGGACCGGCUCCUGGCCUCCUUCAUACCCACCACCUACGAGAAGCGCCAGCGGGCAGACGACCCGUGCUACCUCCAGCUGCUCUGCACCCUGCUCUUCACCCCUGUCUACCUGGCCCUCCUGAUUGCCUCACUGCCCUUUGCAUUCCUUGGGUUCCUCCUCUGGUCACCCCUGCAGUCUGCCCGCCGGCCCUACAUCUACUCCCGGCUGGAGGACAAAGGCUCGGCCGGAGGGGUGGCCCUGCUCAAUGAAUGGAAGGGUACAGGUCCUGGCAAAAGCUUCUGCUUCGCCACCGCCAACCUCUGCCUCCUCCCCGACUCACUGGCGAGGCUCAACAAUGUUUUCAACACCCAAGCCCGGGCCAAAGAGAUCGGGCAGAGAAUCCGCAAUGGGGCCAGUAGGCCUCAGAUCAAAAUCUACAUCGACUCACCCACCAACACCUCCAUCAGUGCGGCCAGCUUCAGCAGUCUGGUGUCACCACAGGGCAGUGAUGGCGUGGCACGGGCUGUCCCUGGGAGCAUUAAGAGGACUGCCUCUGUGGAGUACAAGGGUGACAGCGGGCGUCAUGCCAGCGACGAGGCUGCCAACGGCCUAGCCUCUGGGGACCCAGCAGACGGCGGCUGCCUUGAAGAUGCCUGCAUUGUGCGCAUCAGUGGCGACGAAGGAGGCCGGCCCCCAGAAGCCAUCGACCCCCCUGCUGGGGGCCAGGCCAGGAAUGGGGCCAGCGGGGGCCCACGAGGCCAGACACCCAACCACAGUCAGCGGGAUGGGGACUCGGGGAGCCUGGGCAGCCCCUCCGCUUCCAGGGAGUCCCUGGUGAAGGCACGGGCUGGGGCCGAUAGUGGCAGCGGGGAGCCGGGCGCCAACAACAAGCUCCCAUACAAGGCCUCGGUGGUGAAGAAGGCAGCCGCGCGCAGGAGGCGGCACCCAGACGAGGCCUUUGACCAUGAGGUCUCAGCCUUCUUUCCUGCCAACCUAGACUUCCUGUGCCUGCAGGAGGUGUUUGACAAGCGGGCGGCUGCCAAGUUGAAAGAGCAGCUGCACGGCUAUUUCGAAUACAUCCUCUAUGAUGUCGGGGUCUAUGGCUGCCACGGCUGCUGCAGCUUCAAGUGUCUCAACAGUGGCCUCUUCUUUGCCAGCCGCUACCCCAUCAUGGACGUGGCCUAUCACUGUUACCCCAACGGGCGCUUGUCCGACAGCCUGGCCUCGAAGGGAGCGCUGUAUCUCAAGGUGCAGGUGGGAAGCACACCUCAGGACCAAAGAAUUGUCGGGUACAUCUCCUGCACGCACCUGCAUGCCCUGCCAGAGGACAGUGACAUUCGGUGUGAGCAGCUGAACAUGCUUCAGGACUGGCUGGCUGAUUUCCGAAAAUCUACCUCCUCGUCCAGCACAGCCAACCCCGAGGAGCUGGUGGCAUUUGACAUCAUCUGCGGAGAUUUUAACUUUGACAACUGCUCCUCCGAUGACAAGCUGGAGCAACAGCACUCCCUGUUUACACGCUACAAGGACCCUUGCCGCCUCGGGCCGGGGGAGGAGAAGCCAUGGGCUAUCGGUACCCUUUUGGACAAGGAUGGUCUCUAUGAUGAGGAAGUGUGCACCCCUGACAAUCUGCAAAAGGUCUUGGAGAGUGAGGAAGGUCGCCGGGAGUACCUCGCCUUCCCCACCAGCAAGAGCCCUGGGGGUGGCCAGAAAGGACGCAAGGACCUGCUGAAGGGCAACGGCAGGCGCAUCGACUACAUGCUUCACGGGGAGGAGGGGCUGUGCCCAGACUGGAAAGCUGAGGUGGAAGAAUUCAGCUUCAUCACCCAGCUGUCGGGCCUGACUGACCACCUCCCGGUGGCCAUGCGACUGAUGGUGUCUGCAGGGGAGGACGAGGCGUAGACUGGCCAAGUCAUCACAAGCAGCAGGGCCUCCGCCAGCCCUUUGAGCCGCAGUCCCUCCCUAGCCAUGUCCCCUCCAGCAGGCACCACCGGUGCUGGGGGAGGAGGGCAGGAGCCUGGGAGGGCCACGGCCAGUCCUGGGUGAGCUGGGACCAGCGCUGCCCAGCACCUCUGGGCACUCACUUUGGACAGCAGUCAGGCGGGCCUGGGGAGUCCCGGCUGCCCAACCAGUGCCAUUCUUUCAAACCGUGAUUUUCUACAAAUUUACAGCACAACAUAGUUUGUAACCCGUGGGUUAGUAUGAGAAUCGGGUUUCUGUACUCUUUGUAAUUUCUUCUCAA